CUUUUUUUCUGUUCGGGUGAGCCACUGCGACCAGUAUUUAGAUCUUUUGUGGCAUUACCCGUAUCCUUAGUAUUCAGUGCAUGUCGUACUACUCCAUUGUCAUUGAGAGGCAAUGUAGCAUCGAUUUCUGUACAGUUCCUGUUUUGUUAUCCUAGAGGUGCAAGAAAUCUAUUGCGAUGAAAAGGUCCCGUUACACAAUCUAUUUGAAUUCUGAAAAAAACUAAACGGUGGUACUGAUAUUUAUCCAUGCAUCGAACUUCUAGCCCCAUUCAUGUCAUGCUUCUAGUUUAGUCUACCCCCCUUUCAGGGUUACCAAAUCCCAUUUCUUGCCGCAGCUCUGGUAGAUGAUAUGAUUGCCCCUAAACGUUCGCACCAUGAAUCCACUCUGAUAUACCGCUUUAAACGCUAUGAUGCCGAACCCGCGGUCUGCGGGUAUGCGGGUGCUCCCCGAUGAAGUUGAGAUUUCUACAGUUCCACGUAAUGAGCUUCCAAACGCUAGACCGAUUUCGUCGCUGCGGUCGUCACCAUUGGUAUCGGUUCCCAUUCUUCUCUGGUUGACUUUUCAUUGCUUGUUGCUUAACGGUUGGAUGGCAGUGCUACAGUGCUAAAUAGCUAGGCUCUAAGUCUUCGCCGAGGGAAGUGUUUUUUUUUACUUCGCGCUAGCGAUAAUAUUUUACCUGAGCAUCCACCACCACUACAUGUACUUGUCUGCACGAGUUGACGGACAUGCAGCGAGUGCUUGUUAUAUUCAACACACCAAGAGAAGGAAAGCGUCCAGGAUCAGCUCACAGAUUGAAUGGGAAGUUAAAAGCUGGUAAAAUCUUGGAAUGAGAACCGUUUGAUUCAUUCCGUAAAACCGCAAAUCAAACCAUUCGCAAUCAAGUUUCAAGUAUGCAAGAAACUGUGUGACACGGUAACUAGCCUGCCGCACGCCAACCAUCGCAUCGAUUCUCCGCAGAAAAAGUUAAGCGGUUUUAAAUUGCCCUUGUUUAACACGUUCCACAUCAAACAAAAACUAAAUGGAUUCAGCAAACAUCAGAGGCAAACAAACAUACACUGUCCCGUCCACCACCAUUGCAUUGCAUUGAGGACUACAUGGUGCUGCUGCGUACUAAGUGCAGUCAGUGGCCAGGCAGUAAUUUGUCAGACCUCGUCGUCCGUAGUUGAACACUACAUAAUUGAUCAAACCGAACGCACGGUGGACGCUCGUUAUGCUGUGUGAUGGACGGGUUGUGCAAUUUCUUGAAAUCAAUUUUGCAGCGUUAAAACUCAGUCUGUAAGAUUUUCUGAUGUAUUUAUUAUUUAGUAUUCGGAAUCACCUUUAAAAAUGAGGUUCUGUCAAUAUUUACCCAUUGUUCGGGCUUACCCCGUGAGGAAGUCUUCGUCUUCAGGGAUGGCUCGGUCUAUCGAGUUUGAUCAAACCUUUGGGUUCAAUACCAAGGUUCUUCGAGUGAUUGGCUAUCCAAAUUAUCUGGAUCCGUACCCAAGAACCCUAACUGGUCGACUCCGGUCCAGCGUCGGUUUCAUCGUGUGCUUUCUGAUGUUGAGCUACUGCGUCUUCGGUCAGAUCUUCAACAUCAUCCUGCUGAUGACGGGUCACCGCCAGACGGAGCAAAUCAUCGAGGAAGUCGCCAUCCAGGUUAGCAGCACAGGCUUCUGCAUCAUCGGGUUGGCAAAGAUGUACAGUUUGGCGUACAACAGGGCCGUUCUGAGCUGGUUGAUUGCGGAAUUUCGUGAUAAGUGGAAUUCCCGUGAUCUUACGGAGGCGGAUCGGGAGAUGCGCGAUGGGGCGUUGCGACCCACUGUGGCCAUAACGACCGUAGCGGCUCUCGGAAACAUCAUAAUGGUGUCGGCGUUCAACUUUCAACCGGUAGUUGAGAUGAUCUACGGACGGGUGACCUCCGGUCAGUGGAUCAAGCUGUUUCCGUAUGUGAUUUGGUUUCCGUUCGAUUCUACCGCCGAAGCGGUAUACUACCUGGUAUACUUGUUUGAGGUCUAUUCCGGAGUUAUCGUAGCUGUUGGGAAUGUGGGAUUCAACUGUAUCUUCUGUUUGCUAACUUCGCACCUGUCGAUGCAGUUGAAGCUGCUUUGCAACUGGACCGAGGACAUGGUGGUUGUUCAGGAUGAGAAGGGUUUGGAAUCGAAACGGAAGCUUAAUCGAAUCGUGCGUCACCAUCAGGACUUGCUCAGAUGCAAAGAUGCGUUACAAGCGAUGUUCAGUUCCACGCUGUUUCUGAAUUUUUCCGCAAGUUCCGUUUUGAUGUGCAUGCAGCUUUACCUCAUAACUACAGCCGACUACACCUUGAUCAUCAAGUUCACCAUGUUUAUGCUUUGCAUCCUAACGGAGAUCUUCAUUUUAUGCUACUACGGGGAAGAAAUUCUGGUCAAUAGCACGGCGAUUGCACUCGGAGCGUACAGUUCCAACUGGUAUCAUCCGAUGGCAAGCCAACGGGAUCCUCGCUUUGGCAAGAAUUUGAUUCCGAUUAUUGGGCGCGCCCAGCAUCCCAUGGUUCUGACAGCAUGGAAGUUCUGGCCCAUAACCAUUCGGACAUUUAGUGCAAUUUUGCAGACAUCUUGGUCAUACUUCACGUUACUGCGAACAGUGAUGCAAUAGAUGGUUCUGAUGAAAGGUGAUCGUCAAUCGUUGAUUGGGAAAAGAAUAUUAAAGAGGAACUUUUCUUAAAACUUUUUGAGCACAGGUUCAAUGUUCCUUGAUGAGGCCAACGAUGAAUAAAAUCUAAAAUUCAACGUUAUCAAAUCAUAGUGAAUCACUUACGAAAUAGAUGUUCAAUGAUAUAACACAAGUGCAGUGCUCAGUAAAAAUCCCUUGAUUUCUUCGUAUCAGCAAUGUAUUGAAGGAACAAUGCGGUCACCUGUAAGGAAAGAGAAGAAAAAAGAAGAUAUUAAUAUUGAUGAAGAAAUGAAAACAUAAAAGCGAAAAAAACAGGACAGACUGCAAUGGGCUAGACAUGUUUCCCGUAUGCUGGAAAAUAAAAAAUCCGUAGUAAUCAGA